ACAUAUCCAUAUAAUGCCAACGGUGUAUGAUCGACACUUCAAUCAAGUGAGGAAUAUCGCUAGACAUCUCCAUAAUCAUUAUCAUAUAGCAGCAAAUGAGUUACUCUUUUUACUGUCCUUCAUAAUAAAUUUGGUGCUUGGAAGACUUAUCCAUUGGACAGCACCACAAGAAGAAGUGUAUAAUUACUAUACCGACAAACGAAAUAUCCUUAAUCAAUUAUUUGUCAAGAAUGGAUGGGCCUGGACUACAAUUGUUAUAGUUGUGUUUUAUGUGAGUAUUUUGACUCAAUCCAGACCCAGAAAAAGCAAAGUUAUUAGAGAGGCGGUUAUCAGAUAUGCAGUAAUUACCAUGUGGUGGAUAUUAUUCACACAAUGGUGUUUCGGAUUACCUAUAAUGGAUAGGAUAUUUGUGCUCACAGGGGGGAAAUGUGUGGUUGAAGAUCCUGGUCGUCAUGUCAAAUUAUUUGCAAAUUUAGGGAAUGGCAAGAGUGUAUCAAGUACAAUCAGUUCAUAUAAUUGUAAGCGAAUCAAGGGAAGCUCUUGGGAAGGAGGUCACGACCCUCUGGGACAUGUUUUCUUACUCAUACACUCAUCACUUUACUUGUUUCUUGAAACUGCUGAGUAUUGGCCAGGAUGGGGUGCAUUAAUUAACCUGAUCUCCCUGGUUGUGCAUAAUCAUGAAAAGACUAUAAUUGAAAAAUUGAAACAGUUGGCGAUUUUAGGGGUAAAAAUACACCCCCAGUUGUUAGUUAUCGGUAUGAUCUCGUUUUGGUGGUUUAUGUUACUUACGACAAAUAUUUACUUUCAUUCUAUUGCCGAGAAAUUAGUGGGGAUGGUGUAUGGUUAUCUCGGCAUUGUUGUCGUGUAUUUCGUCCCCAGGAUUUUUCGUCAGCAAAGCCAAAUAGGAAAGAAUUAGAGUUGAGAACGCUUCUUCAUAGAAAAAUUAAAUGUGUAGAUUCUAAUAGACAGAUAAGUUCGUU